UCAACUUCUACCCUAAAAACGGCUUUAAAUAUGUUAAAUUAACAAAAUAUAUUUUGACACAUGCUGUCGCGCCCAAAACGUUUUUUGAAAAUCAUGUGACGUCACAGUUUACGGUUUGACACUUAACUAAGUAACACCAAGGCCCCCCGUUGUCUGUUCUCAGUACAAAAUUUGAUACUCAGGCCGUAGCCACAGGUGGUGGGCAAGCUGUGUAUGUGUGGGUUUUUAACCAAUUAAUAAAAUAUUAUAUCAUAAAGUAUUCAUUAUCCAUUAGCAUUUCUAUGAUGUUUAUUUGUAGUAAAGAUAUCGAAGCUUCAAUUAAUUGCCCACCACCAAAAUGGCUACGGCGUGAGUUUUAAACUUUGUACUGAGAACAGACAAAAGGGGGGGCCUACCGAGUAACCGAAAAUCGCAUAUUGCGGAGAUCUUUCUCUUUUACUCUUCCUAAUAUGUAAUUAGAGUGACAGAGAAAAAUCUUGACGAACUUCGAUGUUCGCGGUUAUAGCCCAUUGUCAAACCGAGAGUUGAGACGUCACCAGAAUCUUCAUUGUCGUUUCGUGACGUGUGUUAAAAUAUAUUUUAAAUUCAAUAUUUACAAAAAUAUGCUCAUUAGAGGUCCACUAAAGGUAGUUUAACAUGUUCUUAUAAUCCAUAAGAAUUUAUUGGGAUACAAUUUUGCCCUAAGAUUUGUAGAUGGAAAAAACCCUAUUGUUAUAUAUUGAAAAUUUAAGCUUAUUUUGCAAGCCAUUUUUGGGAUACUGUCUUUUUGAUAGACAUACGAUCAUUUUCCAACGGUCCGAUAAUUUUGACACUCAAAUACGAUAAUUCACUUCCGCGCACAUGGCAACACUGUGGCACUGACAAGAUCGCAUUUUGACGUUUAGAUUUACGGAAGAUAAGAGAGCAUUUAUAUAUUUUUUUUAAUUUAUCACUGACAAGCAUUUCAAGUGCAUAUUUUAUGCAUUGUUUUGUGUUGCGUAUUGAUAUACUUUAAAUGCAUAUUCUGCAACAAUUAUAAUGAUACAAAAAAAUGUUUUUACUUAUCAAUUAUUUUUAUGUGGAACGAAACGUAAUGCAAAUGUCAAACAUGUCAAAGAAAGAAGGAACACUUUGCUUGGCUUGGUUGCUAGCAAAGAGCAUAUAAUCACUACGUUCUAGAGGCACAAUCAACUACUAUCUAUGCUUGGCUGGGUUUUGGCGCGUCUCUUAUCGUUGUGUUACUAAUUAGUUUUUUCAUAGUUAAGCAACAAUGUCCCAUAAACGUGAGAGGAGCAUAAAUUUCACGUCAGAGGAGGUUGACAUUUUAAUCAAACUGGUCGAAGUUAAUAAACACAUUCUUGAAAACAAGAAGAGUGAUGCGGUAACCUGGGGCCAAAAAGAAAAAUGCUGGAGAGCUAUCGCGCUUUCCUUCAACGCUGAAAGUAGGAGUACACAUCGCACUUCCAAAAAUUUGCGGCUGAAGUACGAGGGUAUCAAGCGAGAUAUCCGAAAAAAGGCAGCACUAAUACGAGCAGGAGGGCCUAGUGCGGCGCCUGUUUUUACUCCCACUGAGUCAAAAGUCAAAGAUAUGAUUUUGCUUUCUGUUGAUGGCAUGGAGAACAAUUUUGACUCUGACAGUCUGCCAAAUAUAGUAGCUGACACUCAGGAUGCAGCUGAUUUGGGGGAAGCAAGUUCCGAGACACUUACAAAACGGUCUCAGUGGAAGCCUGCCUCAUUGAGAUUGAGAAAACAACCUGCUUUAUGUAAGCCAAAAUCUAAGCGGCCAUUUGAAAAUAUAGCUGAUUCUAAGAUGGAAAUUACUGUACUGCAGAAGCAAAUUUUAGAGGAAGAAUAUGUUAAUAAAAAGCUUCAAUGGGCCUUUGAAGAAGAGGAAAGGCAGCAUAAGAGGGAAAUGUGGGCCUUAGAAAAAAUGGUGCAUGACGCUCGUCAUUGUCCUUACCUACAUGUAUUGGCGCGAGCGAGAAAAAACAUCAUCCACUUGGACAGAGGAAUCCUCGAUCAGCUCAUCAGUCGCUUUCUUUGACAAGUGGUGCGCGACGCGAACGGCUCUGAGCCAGCGUAACACCACUGACUAUUGUCAACCUUAUCUCAACGCAGUAAGGCUUUUCAAUGGUCACCCUUUUGUGUCAAUGGUACACUUGUAGUCUGAGCUAAUGGAAUGAUGCGGAAAUUGCACCGAUUACAAAAACAAUCCAUGUUAAGUUGUACAAAAAAAUACUCACGCACGUAAAGCACUUCUUACAUACAAUACAAUGUCUCUGCUACCUGCUAGCUGACCACCUGCUAGGUGGCGAAACACCUAUGGAACUACUUCUAAAGGCAGCGAGGACCGCAGACGCAGACUAUAUGUAUAGUAUAGACCGUGUCAUUCACGACGACGCGUGCCUUGACUUGUAUUGUGAUGGUAUUAAAGGUUAGAUUUGACAAAUCUGAGCGUCGUUGUGGAUGACACGAACUAUGGUGAUGUUUCACUUUGGCGCCUUACUCAUGGCAAAAAUUUUAUUCACCCAUAUUUUAUGUAAACUGUACACACAAAGUGGCACAGAAAUCAAAUUUCUUGACUGUUA